AUGAACUUACUCUGUGAUUGGCCAGAUUGGUCGUUGGUGAAGUCGCAGGGCUUGCUCGUCCCUGAAGUCGUUGACUAUCCAUACAAUGGCUCUGGCACUGAAGCAGACCCCUUUGUGGCGGAGUAUAUCCCCCAUGAUCCUCGAGAUCCCAUGGGAUUUCCCAUGUGGAAAAAAUGGAUGAUCACGCUUUUGGUUGCUUUCGCCACCUUGACCGUCGCUUUCGUUUCCUCUGCUUAUUCAGGCGGCUUUCUCCAAAUCAUUGAGACCUUUCAUGUCAGCGAGGAAGUCGUAACGUUGGGUCUUUCUCUAUAUGUUCUCGGAUUUGCAAUCGGUCCUCUUUUCUGGGCUCCCCUUUCCGAGAUGUUUGGUCGACAAUCUUUGUUCUUUAUAACUUUCGGGGCAUUCACGGCCUUCAAUGCAGGCGCUGCCGGUGCACAGAACAUUGAGACAUUGAUAAUCUUACGGUUUUUUGCUGGGGCUUUUGGUUCCUCACCACUCACGAACGCUGGCGGCGUUAUAGCCGACAUGUUUCCCCCUGCACAACGUGGAUUAGCACUGCCAAUCUUUGCAGCAGCUCCUUUCAUGGGUCCUAUAUUAGGACCAAUUGUUGGAGGCUUCGUUGGACAGAGCGUCGGAUGGCGCUGGAUACAAGGAGUGAUGGCCAUCUUCUCUGGUACACUUUGGAUCAUCAAUGCCAUCACCUUACCGGAGACGUAUAGUCCGGUCAUCUUACGUAGUCGUGCCGCCGCUCUCAGUAAACGUACAGGUAAUGUCUAUAAAUCACGAAUCGAGAUAUCGCAAGGCAAAGUUGAUCUUGGGCGGUCGUUCAGAAUUGCCCUCUCAAGACCUUGGAUCUUACUCUUGAGGGAACCGAUCGUGCUGUUAUUGGCUAUCUACAUGGCAAUCGUUUACGGGACUUUGUACAUGUUGUUCCCAGCUUUUCCCAUCAUUUUUCAACAAGAGCGCGGUUGGUCCCAAGGCAUUGGAGGUCUUGCGUUCUUAGGUGUAGCUGUUGGCAUGUUGGCCGCCGUAGCCUAUGCGAUUCCAGAUAAUGGUCGUUACCGCAAAAUCGAGGAUGUUUGCGUGGAAAAAGGCGAACGUGGAGCUCCACCUGAGGCAAGGUUACCUCCAGCUUUGUAUGGCGCGAGUAUACGAAGAAACUGCAAAUACGCCAAGGAAUCCGAUGAUUUCAUGGACAAGAUCAAGGGCAAGAAGGCGCCAUCAGAGCAUGAGAACGCAGGCGGUGAGGAUGGUCAACGGAAGGGAUCCGCAACCCAUGACGACAGUCUGAUCAGAUUGUCUAGCUACGAGUCUAAGAGGAGUGUUGAGGUCGAGAAGGAAGUAGCAGAGGCUUCGAAAGAUGCAGAGGUCGGUAUAAUACCGCCAGCGGUAGAUGUGCCUGUUACGCAGAAGGAGAAGGAAAUCGAGAAAGCGGGAACAUAA